AUGGAGAGGAAACCUUGUCUUCUACCGGAGAAAUCCGGGAGCUUCACGUGCCGGGAGGAGAAGAAGCAGCAGCCCGAGACCACCCGGAACCUGUCCAUGGGGGCACUCAAGGCCCGUUACGGCGACAGGGAAGAGAGAGAAAGGCCCGAACAGGUGCAGGAGGAAGAAGAUGAGAAGAAGCAAGACGAGGAAGAGGGAGAAGAUGGGGAGAAACCCAUCUCCGGUGAGGACGUCUCCACCGCCCCCGAUUUCAUCGCCAUCUCCGGCGAAAUCGACAAGUUCCUGGCGGCCCCGCCGCCGCCGGGGGCCGCCACCCUGCCGUGCAUUCCCCACCACGCGAUGGCGGAGCUGCUGGCCAUGGUCGAGGGGGAGAUAUCGGAGUUUGACUCCGGCGAGGACCGCGCCGCGGCGGUACCCCUCUUCAUCCUCGAAGCUAUAGACCGUGUCUUCAAGCUCGUCACCGCUCUGGCGGCGUUCCCGUCGGAGCCGGCGUACUCACAGGCUCUGAACCGCGCCGGCGCUGUCCUCCAGCGGGCCAUGGCCUUCCUGGAGGACGAAUUCCGCCUCCUCCUGGAAGAAACUGGUUCAGUCCCCGCAGAGUCCACAAAGUGGGCGGCACCACCGCCUCAGAGCUCCACCUACGACGCCGAUCGCAGCCCGCGAACCCCGCUACAGGAACCCACAAGCAACUCCGCCGCCACCGCCGGCGGCGGCGGCGGCCAGGAUUCUCCGGCGUACCUGCCGGAGACAGUCGAGAUGCUGCGGAGAAUCGCCUCCACCAUGGUAUCCGCGGGCUAUGAAGCGGAGUGCUGCCAGGUUUUCGCCGUUCUCCGCCGCAACGUCUUCGAGUUGGGUAUCUCGAGCCUUGGAUUCGAGAAGAUGAGCAUCGAGGAGGUGCAGAAGAUGCCGUGGGAGUCACUGGAGGGGGAGAUCGCCGCCUGGAUCAGGGCGUUCCGGCACGUCGCCUCCGUCUCCUUCCCCCGCGAGAGAGAUCUCUGCUGCGCCGUCUUCGCCGGCCGCCCCCGCAUCGCCGGCGGCCUCUUCGGCAACCUCUUCCGGGGCGUAGUCAUCCAGUUCCUUGACUUCGCGGAGGCCGUCGCCAUGACGAAGCGCUCGGCCGAGAAGCUCUUCAAGCUCCUCGACAUGUUCGAGGCCCUGCGAGAGCUCACAGAGAAGAUGGAGGGGAUUUACUACCAGGAGGAGGAGGAAGAUGAGGGGGAUGACCCGGCGCCGGCGGCGGACCUGAAGGCGGAGAUUGCCGCCGCGAGGUCCCGAUUAGGGGAGGCCGCCGUCGGAAUAUUCUCCGAACUGGAGAACUCCAUCAAGAGCGACGCCGGGAGGACCCCCGUUCCCGGCGGCGCCGUCCAUCCCCUCACCCGCUACGUCAUGAACUACCUCAAAUACACCUGCGAGUACAAGAACACCCUCGAGGAGGUAUUCUUGCAGUGCAGAAGGCCGGAGACCCCAGCCUCUCCUCGCGACGAAGACGACAACAACAGCAGAAACCCUAACCCUAACUCAACCGGCGGAAACCGGCACUCCCCAUUUGCGAUGCAGCUGAUGGCAGUCAUGGACCUGCUGGACGCCAAUCUUGAGGCCAAAUCGAAGCUCUACAAGGACCCUUCUCUGAGCCACAUCUUCCUGAUGAACAACGGGAGGUACAUUGUGCAGAAGAUCAAAGGAACAGCGGAGAUUCACGGCCUUCUUGGGGACGCCUGGUGCCGCAAGAGAUCCUCGGAUCUUCGUCAGUACCACAAGAACUACCAGAGGGAGACUUGGGGGAAGGUCCUCGGCUGCUUCAGAGACGAGGGCCUGCAGGUGAAGGGGAGCGUCUCGAAGCCGGUGCUCAAGGAGAGAUUCAGGAGCUUCAAUGCCAUGUUUGAGGAGAUCCACAAGACGCAAAGCUGCUGGAUUGUGAGCGACGAGCAGCUGCAAUCGGAGCUUAGGGUUUCAGUGUGCUCCGUUGUGGUGCCCGCUUACCGAUCCUUCCUAGGAAGGUUUCAGCAGUACCUUGACGCGGGGCGCCAGUCGGAGAAGUACAUCAAGUUUGGCCCUGAAGAGCUUGAAACCUUCAUCGACGACCUCUUCGACGGCACCCCGGCUUCCACUGUCAAGCGGCGCUCCUGA